AUGGCCAAGUGUACAUUUCUCUUGCUGCUAGUGAUUGGGGCGUUGAUUGGCAGCAAGGCUCAGACUCCAACCCUGCUACGGGACGCGAUCUGGGGCGAGUUUCCCUCGGUAGUGCAGGUGAAAACGCCGCGCGAAAAUCAGUUCUGUCUCGGGACGGUCCUUAACGAAAACCACGUUCUAACGUCCGCAUUUUGUGUGCUUCGUUACGAUCGUAUGCGCGUAUUCCCGGCACGUCUGGUUCGUGUGGUCGGUGGUGAUAUCAAUGUGGCACCCGUUGCGUACACCCGACAGACCCGCACGGCGCAUCACAUUUUCGUGCACGAAAACUAUCGUCCCCAUACGUUUGAAAACAAUAUUGCUGUUAUUCGUCUAGCCGAACCGUUCCACCUGCCGAGCAAUGCGAUCGAGCCGGCGCCCAUCCGAAUGCGCAUCGUGCCGGACACACAUCCGUGCGAUGUAGUCACUUGGUACAGACCUGCCGGUAUCGAAGUGAAUCCUGGCCUGGAAAUACCACGGCAGCAAGCGUUUAAUGUGAACAUACGCAACAGGGAUGCGUGCGCGGCCGAGCGGCGUACCGAGCUUUCCGUACAGGAAAGUGCCAUCUGUACGUACACGACGACCACGAUGAACGUCGUUCAGGGCGAUCCAAUGUUCUGCGAAGGUGAGCUAACGUCGAUUCAGUCGUUCACCUUUCUGCCACCAGGGCAGCAACCACAGCCCCAGCCAAACUUGGUCUCUACCCAGGUUCGGUUCUACAUUCAUUGGAUAAACAGUCAGCUAAACCGUACGCAGCCGAUGCCGGAAGGAUGGAAUCCGGUGGAGUUUUAA